UAAUUACUAUCAAUUUCAUCCCCAUUUUCUAGCCAAAUUCAGACAUCACAAAGCAGUCACUAAUCAACCAAUUUUCGAGAAUUAGAGAAGCCAACCUACCAUAAAUUUUCCAGUUGCAGAACCGGACUUGGCAGGGGGAGAAGCCAGCGGCAAGUGCAGGGGAAGCUCACGGGAACUACCCAAGAUUGAAGGAAAUAAGAGCAAUCAAAGUUAACCCAAGCCAAUUCAAGCAAGAACAAAGGAAAUUAGGGGCUGUUCUUACCGAAAAAAAUGCCCAGAAAUCACCCAUACCCACUAGCAGCCGGCGGUGAAGACAAGCAGAGCAAGGCAGAUCUGGAAUUUCCAGCAAAGGGGAAAGAUUUCUGGGUUCCAAGUCAGGUUCUUGGACAAGAAAGAAGGAGAUAUUCCAAGCUUUCUCACCAAUUUUUCAAAGCUGGUGCCGGCGGCUUGGAGGGGGGAUUUCGGGAGCUGCAGCGAGAAGAGGAAGAGCAGAAUCGGGAAAUGGCUGGGGAAGAAAAGAAGGAAAAAGAAAAAGGAAAGAAACUGAUCCUUAUCCAAUUAUUUUCCCUCUUUAAAUCCCUCAACUUUUGAACAUUUUACCAUUAGGCCCCAAAACAUCAUUUUUCCACAAUUUAGUCCUUAACUCACUUACAUAUUCUAGACAAUUUUGGGGUAUCACGGAUAACGUAACAAAUGGCAAUCUUAAUCAAAAUAGGACAAUAUU